AUGUCAAAACUACCGGAGGAAGAAUUCCCACAGAAGGCAUUUGGAUUGGCAGCUAAAGAUAGUUCUGGUCUACUCACACCUUUCAAAUUCUCAAGAAGGGAAACCGGAGAUGUAGACGUCACCCUUAAGGUGAUGUUUUGUGGAAUUUGUCAUUCUGAUCUUUCGAACAUUAAGAACUAUUGGGGAGUUGCUAAUUACCCAAUGGUUCCUGGUCACGAGUUUGUUGGCAUUGUGACUGAGGUUGGAAAUAAGGUAUCAAAAUUCAAAGUUGGGGACAGAGUCGGUGUUGGGUGUUUAGUCGGGGCUUGUCAUUCCUGUGAUAAUUGUUCAAGAGACCUUGAGAACUAUUGCUCUAAAGCAAUAUUCACCUACAAUAGUUCUUAUUAUGAUGGGUCAACAACAUAUGGAGGUUAUUCUGACAUCAUGGUUGCUAAUGAGCGGUACGUGGUAAGAAUCCCAGACAGCAUGCCAUUUGAUGCAUGUGCACCACUAUUAUAUGCCGGUAUUACAGUGUACAUCCCAAUGAAAUACUUUGGACUUUGUGAGCCUGGUACUUGCUUGGGUGUGGUUGGACUUGGUGGUGUUGGCCAUGUUUCUGUGAAGUUUGCAAAGGCUUUCGGAAUGAAGGUUACUGUGAUCAGCACCUCGCCAGAUAAGGAGAAGGAAGCAAUUGAACAUCUUGGAGCAGAUUCAUUUGUUGUUAGCCGUAACCAAGAACAGUUGCUGGCUGCGAUGGCUACAUUGGAUGGUAUCUUGGACACAGUUUCUGGGCCUCAUUCUCUACUGCCGUUGCUUGGCUUGCUAAAAUCCGAUGGAAAGCUUAUUAUGCUGGGAUUACCAGAUAAGCCAUUCGAAGUGCCUUGUUUCCCUCUGGUUUUUGGUAGGAAGACUGUUGCAGGGAGUACUAUAGGAGGAAUGAAAGAAACACAAGAGAUGAUUGACUUUGCAGCAAAACAUAACAUUACAGCAGAUAUUGAGGUUGUUCCAAUGGAUUAUGUCAACACCGCAAUGGAACGUCUUGCUAAGGGUGAUGUUAGAUACAGAUUCGUCAUCGACAUUGCCAACACAGUAUCAAAAAUUGCUUAG